AAAUAUGCAGCAGAUUUAUUUAUUUUCGUUCAUCAGGAUGAUUCCAUGUAUAUUUAUAGAAAUGAUGAGGAAAGUGAUGGGUUUGUUAGUAUUCCAGACAAUGUCACUACUCAAAUCAAAACUGAGUUUUCAUCUCCAAUCAAACAAUUGGUUGCUGGUUAUUCACAUUUUGUUGUUCUACUUGAAGAUGGAAAAUGUUAUACCAGAGGGAUGAACAAUUAUGGUCAAAUAGAUGGUAAAAUGGGUGGUGAGGGCUCUACAGUGACUCAUUUUCAUCCAAUUCUUCACAAUAUUGGAACAGUGCUCUCUGUGAAUUGUUCUUCAUUAUCCACAACUUUGGAAACAGAAAGUGAAAUAGUUCUUGUCGGAGAAGUUUCUCAAACAUUCCAAAAGUUAAGUUAUCCUUAUUGUCAGGGAAUGAAUAGCUUUUGGGUUCAUAGAAAAGAAUUCUCAGAUGAAACAACUAGCUUUGGACCUUGGCAUGGAUUUAUUUAUAGAGCUAGUUUCCAUAAUUUACCUUGUAAGACAUUACAAUAUUUCAAAAAUAAUUUGAGAAUGUUGGUAAAGGUUCCUAAACUUUCUGAUAUUUCCAUUCAAUAAUUGCCUAUUAAAUUAAUUUUACAGCUCC